AUGUACUCUAAAGCUCACAUCUUGCUGAAAAGAGACUUCAAUGAGUUAGAACACAGCGUAAGAAAGGGUAUUACUGCUUUUCCUGCAAGUGAUGAUAUGAUGAGUUGGAAAGCUGAGAUUGAAGGUCUUCCCGAUUCAGUUUGUGAAGGACUUGUUUUCCACCUGACAUUAGAUUUUUCACAAGAGUACAACCUUGUUCCUCCAGUUGUGAAAUUUGUAACAAUUCCUUUUCAUCCAAAUGUAGACCCAUAUACUGGUAAGCCCAGUAUAGACAUUUUGGACAAGCCUGACAAGUGGAAGACAAGUUAUACGGUAUACAGCAUCUUACUCGAUCUACAGAUGUUGCUUUCUUACCCUAUCCUAAAAAAUCCAGUGAACUUGGAAGCCGCCCAACUGUUGAUUAAAGAUGAGUCUACGUAUAAAAUAGUACUUCAGGAACUUUUGCCGUCAGCAUCACCAAAAAGAGUGGGCAGCCUGGUGUUAGCUGAAAAGCCACAGGAGCGUGUCAGAAUAGUUAAAACAAUCUCAUUUAAUGAUUACUACAAGACAUGGUCUGAGAUAGCCACGACAAAAGUCGCAGAACACUCCAAAAACCCAUUUGCUGGAGAUCCACAUUUCGUGGGACAGUAUUACAAAUGGAAGCAGCAGUAUUGGCAGUAUCGAUCGCAAUGGGAGUCGAAGUUUGUGCUAUCGAAGUGGCAGACUGCUAGAAAAAAAGUAAUGGCUCAGGACAAAAGUGAACCCUAUGAUGAAGGGACAGUUAUCUACCCAUCUCCAAGUAAGCUGGAUUCAGCUUGGGUCUCUACCAUCUACACAGUUUCUGCCUUCCAGCAGUGCUACCUUUUUCAGAUGGAGAUGAGUUCACUUAUUGAAGUCACUGAACUUUCUCUUGACAAUGAAAUAGAAGGUAAAUCAGAGUUUUAUGAACUACCUCAGGAGUGGCCAGAGGAAAGCUUGCCAGAUGAACAUGACUCAAAAGAAUCCUGGGAAGAGGAAGUGGACAACCUGGUCACCUGGUCCAAUGGUCUUGAUGAAGAUUCUUUGAACUAUGAGGACUAUGAAAGCGGUGAGAACUAUGAGACCGUUGGCAACUAA